UUCCGGUCAGGGCGGUUCUCAGUGUCCCGGUGGUAGGUGCUUAUCUCUGUUUGCACGUGGCGCUCGCUUUUGGCGUUGGCGCUUCUGAGCAGUUUGAUAGGCGGGCAUCUGCCCAGAGCCGGUUGGAUGGGCUGUGGGUAGCGCGGUCCUUGAGCGGUUCCCGUCCCAGCUCAGGGCGGACGGCCUCCAGGUGCGCUGAGGCUCUGCGAGUUUCCGUCAUGGACUACCGGCGGCUGCUGAUGAGUCGGGUGGUCCCCGGGCAGUUCGACGACGCGGAUUCCUCGGACAGUGAAAACAUUGACCUGCAGACCAGCAGAGAGGAAGAUGUUCUGUUUGAAGACAUGCAGAAGAAUGUGCCUGAAAAGAUGGGUGGAGGUGACGUGGUGGAAGAAGAGGAGGAGGAAGAAGAGGAGGAGUAUGAUGAUGAUGACUGGGAUUGGGAUGAUGGAGUUGGAAAACUCACCAAAGGUUAUAUCUCAAAUGCAAGGAGUAACCCACAGGCAAAUCAACAGACUUCCAACUACAACUCAGCCAAAAUGUGUACUCCAGCAGAUAAGGUCUUACGGAAAUUUGAGAAAAAAAUUAAUCUAGAUAAGCUAAAUGUUACUGAUUCUGUCAUAAAUAAAGUCACCGAAAAGUCUAGACAAAAGGAAGCAGAUAUGUAUCGCAUCAAAGAUAAGGCGGACAGAGCAACUGUGGAACAGGUGUUGGAUCCUAGAACACGAAUGAUAUUAUUCAAGAUGUUGACUAGAGGAAUCAUAUCAGAGAUAAAUGGCUGCAUUAGCACAGGAAAAGAAGCUAACGUGUACCACGCUAGCACAGCAAAUGGAGAAAGCAGAGCAAUAAAAAUUUACAAAACUUCUAUUUUGGUGUUCAAAGAUCGGGAUAAGUAUGUAAGUGGGGAAUUCAGAUUUCGUCAUGGCUAUUGUAAAGGAAACCCCAGAAAGAUGGUGAAAACUUGGGCAGAAAAAGAAAUGAGGAACUUAAUCAGGCUAAACACCGCACAGAUCCCAUGCCCAGAACCUGUCCUGCUGAGAAGUCAUGUUCUUGUCAUGGGUUUUAUUGGUAAAGAUGACAUGCCAGCGCCACUGUUGAAAAACGUCCAGUUAUCAGAGUCCAAGGCUCGGGAGUUGUAUCUGCAGGUCAUCCAAUAUAUGAGAAGAAUGUAUCAAGAUGCCAGACUUGUCCAUGCGGAUCUCAGUGAAUUUAACAUGCUGUACCACAGUGGAGGUGUGUACAUCAUUGAUGUUUCUCAAUCUGUGGAGCAUGACCACCCACAUGCCUUGGAGUUCUUGAGAAAAGACUGUGCCAAUGUCAACGAUUUCUUUUUGAAGCACAACGUUGCUGUGAUGACUGUGCGGGAACUCUUUGAAUUUGUCACAGACCCAUCCAUUACACAUGAGAACAUGGAUGCUUAUCUCUCAAAGGCCAUGGAAAUAGCAUCUCAAAGGACCAAGGAAGAAAGGUCCAACCAAGAUCAUGUGGAUGAAGAGGUGUUUAAGCGAGCAUAUAUUCCUAGAACCUUGAACGAAGUAAAAAAUUAUGAGAGGGAUAUGGAUAUAAUGAUGAAAUUGAAGGAAGAGGAUAUGGCCAUGAAUGCCCAACAAGACAAUAUUCUGUACCAAACCGUUACAGGAUUGAAGAAAGAUUUGUCAGGAGUUCAGAAGGUCCCUGCGCUUCUAGAAGAUCAAGUUAAGGAAAAGGCUUGUUCUGAUUCAGAUGAUGCUGGAAGCUCUGAGUGUUCUGAUACAGACUCUGAAGAGCAGGGAGACCAGGCCUGCUCCAGGAAACCCACUGCUGGCCUUGAAGUUGAUAAAAAGGAAAGAAAAAAGAUGGUCAAGGAAGCCCAAAGAGAGAAGAGAAAAAACAAAAUUCCGAAACAUGUGAAAAAAAGAAAAGAGAAGACAGCCAGGAUGAAAAAGGGCAAAUAGAAUCAGAACGCCACAACACAGAGUAAUUUACCAUCGGUCACUUUCCUCGCCCACACUGAGCUGUUAGCUGCGUCUGGGAAGACUUGCUGCUGAUUUUAACUGAGGCUAUCAUGACAGUGUCAUGAAGACGGAUUCACGUGUUCUCAUCUAAUUAUGUAAAAAGCUCUAAGCUCUCCUACCUAGAUCCAGUCACUGCCUCUGUGUGGUAUUGACAGGAUUUAUUUAAGCAACUAUUUUAGUGAAGAACUUUGUACAAUUUUAUUUUUAUAUAUAUUUUUUCUCCUGCAGUAUGUUUUUUGAGACAUCAUAAAUGUUAUAGCAUAAUGAACAUUCAUUGUACUUAAGUGUAAAGAGACUUAGGACAGACUGGGGCAGAUUGUUUUUGCUUUGUUGGUACAUGCCAGAGACCUGUCUGAAAUCAUUUGAUCGUAGGGCCACGGUUUCUGUAGA